GGAAGUAGUCGCGUGGUGGAGGGAAGGCAAUGGACUUUUCAGUUCGAAGGAAAGGAAAGCCUAACAAAGGAGGUGGCAAAGGACAGCGCGGUAGUGGAAGAGGUGGGCGAGGAGGCAGAAGAGGUGGUGGCAGACCAGAAGGUUCCAGAUGUGAACCUGGCGGAGGGGGAGGAGGCAAAAAAAGCUCUAGUAAAGCCUGGGAUGAUGGAGAUGAUAUUUGUUUCUCAAGCAAGCCAGUGAGAGCAAGGUAAUGCUUUUUUCCACUUUUUCUUUUAUUACUCCUGCACAGCUCUCGAGCCCGUGGGGGCAAUGUAGCCAGCACUUCCCUCCAGACCCUUCACAUGACCACCGAAAACCAAGCGCGGGUGAAAGCAUUACUACGGGAUCUUCAAGCUCCAGAUCUGGAUGCUGCAAUUGACGAUGUAGGAUCAGAUUUGGAAGGGUAUGACUACAACAGCUCCCAGGAGGAGGAAGAUGAGAAUAAUAAUGAAAACUCUGAUGAAGACUUGGCAUUCAAUGUGUGGUCACCCCCAAUAGCCAAAGAUCAGGCAGAAGAGAAACUGUCCCUAGAGUCGCAGGCAGACACUUUACCAGAGGCAGUUAUAUCUACUUUUGCUAUUGGAAAACUAUCCCGUUAUGGCUUUGAUCGAGAGAGAUGUAUGAUUGCUCUCAGGACUCAUGAUGGAGAAGUUGGUGCAUCUCUAGAAUAUUUGCUGCAACAGUGCUUUUCAGAAGCUUUUGGCAUCCAAACAAAAGCUCCGCGAUCUGCCAGUGAUAUUAAAUUGGAGGACAUCUUGGCAUUUCGUCAGGAAGAGGCAUUUGUCCUUGGCUCAAUCUGUGGGGAAAACUUUAUUGAGAGACUACCAAAUAAAGUAUGGACAGUAGGACUGGAGCUGGACAACCUGACAGCCAAGCUUCAAAAGUCAAGACACAAAAACCAUACCAAAGAUUUGGUGAUGUCAGAUCCUAGAAAUAUCUGCAGGUUUUUCGCAGCAGGUAAAACGUGCAGGUUUGGGUCAAAGUGUAAAUUUAAGCAUGACGUGCCAAAGCAGACCUUGAAGGAUACGUCUCAUCUAAAUGCCAAUGCAGAUAGCAGUUACCUGUAUGAACUUGAAAUUCGGUUUCCAAAAGAUAACAAAUACCCUUAUGAAGCACCACUGGUAGCAAUUCACUCACUAAAUGAGAACCUUCCAAAGGCCUGUCAACUUCAUAUGGCAGAAUAUCUUUAUGAAAAAGCUUUAAGAUGUGCUCAGAAUGGCGAACCAGCUGUUUACUCCUUGGUUACCUGCUUAGAAGAUGAAGAUAGCCUAGUGAAACUGCUUGCCAACACGCAUCACAGAUUCAGCAUCCCUCCACCUGUUAUAGUACCAGCAACUUCUGAAAGCAAGAAGCCACCUAUAAUUAUUAAUAAACCUACCCCUCUUGAAAAACCAAACCUAGUUUCUUAUCACUGCUUUUCUUGUAAGAAGGAACAGACCGCAAUAACCGAGAUUAAUAAAAUUACCCAAACUGAAGAGGAUGAGCUGGAUGAUCUGGAGUCACAGAAUGUGGUAGUAGAAAAUGAAAGUUAUGUUAACAUAAGGAAGAAGCAAUCCAAGAAAUACAGCUGGAACCCCAAAUCAUUUCAAGCUGAAAAUGCCAAAAUCCGCAAGCACUUCCGUGUCAAGCAGGCAAGCAAGAGUUAUCAAGCUAUGCUUCAAGAGAGGAUGAAACUUCCUUCAUGGGAGCAACAAGACACUAUACUGCAGCUGAUGGAUAAAUGUCAAGUCUUGGUUGUAUGUGGUAUGACUGGAUGUGGUAAGACCACACAAAUUCCACAGUUCAUCUUGGAUGCUUCGUUAAAGGGAUCUUCCAGUGUUCUGUCCAAUAUUGUAUGUACACAGCCACGCAGGAUAUCUGCCAUAUCUGUGGCUGAACGUGUUGCUCAAGAGAGAGCAGAGAGAGUCGGAAUUUCUGUGGGAUAUCAGAUUAGACUUGAAAGUGUCAAGUCUGCAGCCACCAGACUUCUGUACUGCACAACAGGUGUUCUUCUGAGGCGUCUGGAAGGUGAUGAUAAUUUGCAAGGUGUCACUCAUGUAAUUGUGGAUGAAGUUCAUGAAAGAACUGAGGAAAGUGACUUCUUGUUGUUGGUAUUGAAAAAUGUUAUGAGCAAGAGACCAGACCUGAAGAUCUUGCUCAUGAGUGCCACCUUGAAUGCUGAGCUGUUUUCACAGUACUUCAGUGGAUGCCCCAUUGUUCACAUACCAGGUCAUACUUUUCCUGUUGAACAGUUUUUUCUAGAAGAUGCAAUUGCUAAAACAAGAUAUGUUCUGGAAGAUUCAAGCCCAUACCAUCGGUCCUCUAGGCAUUCAUCUACAAAGGAAAAUUCUAACCAGAAGAAAGGGAUGAGCUAUGAAUCGCUUAUGGGAGAAUUGGAUUAUCAAGUCAAUAAUUUACUAAGGCUACAGGAGUCCUUAGUUGUAAAGGAGAAUGUGCCAGACCAACAACUGAGCUUCAAGGAGCUAUCCACCCGUUACAGCGGUAUAAGCAAACCUGUUAUUAAAACACUUUCUAACAUGGAUUUGGAUAAAAUUAAUCUUGAACUGAUUGAAGCUUUGUUGGAAUGGAUAGUUAAUGGAGAUCACUCAUUCCCACCAGGUGCUGUUUUAGUAUUUUUGCCUGGCCUGGCAGAAAUCAAAAUAUUGUACGAACAACUCCAAUCAAAUGCCUUGUUUAGCAAUCGACGCAGCAAACGAUGUGUGAUCUACCCAUUACAUUCAUCUUUGUCAAAUGAAGAGCAACAGGCUGUAUUUAUAAAACCACCAUUAGGGGUUACCAAGAUAAUUAUUUCCACCAAUAUUGCAGAGACCUCCAUCACUAUUGAUGAUAUUGUGUAUGUGAUUGACUCAGGCAAAAUGAGGGAGAAGAGAUAUGACCCAUCAAAAAGUAUGGAGAGCCUUGAAGAAACAUGGGUAUCUAAAGCCAAUGCUAUUCAGAGGAAAGGAAGAGCUGGCCGUGUGGCCUCAGGUGUAUGCUUUCACUUGUUCACCAGCCACCACUAUCACCAUCAGCUUCUAGAUCAACAGCCCCCAGAGAUCCAUCGUAUUCCAUUGGAGCAGCUUUGUUUAAGAAUAAAGAUUUUGGACGUAUUUUCUCAGUGCCGUCUAGAUACUGUUUUGUCUCGGUUGAUUGAACCCCCUUCAGUGGAAUCUGUUCAAAAUUCCAAGUUACGGCUUCGGGAUCUUGGGGCACUUACUAUGCAGGAAACUCUCACACCACUAGGUUAUCACUUGGCUUCCCUGCCUGUAGACGUGAGGAUUGGUAAACUGAUGCUCUUUGGUGCCAUCUUCUGCUGUCUGGACUCGGCUCUCACUAUUGCUGCCAGCCUGGCUUUUAAGUCCCCUUUUGUGUGUCCCUGGGAUAAAAAGGAUGAAGCCAACAAGAAAAAGAAAGAAUUUGCUGUAGCAAAUAGUGAUCAUUUGGCUCUUCUUCAAGCAUAUAAGGGCUGGAGUAACGUCAUAAAGGAAAGCCCACGUGCUGGUUUCCAGUAUUGCCGGGACAAUUUUCUGUCAUCAAGAGUAAUGCAGGAAAUAGCUAGUCUGAAGAGACAGUUCACAGAGCUGCUGUCAGAUAUUGGUUUCGUGCAGGAAGGUCUUCGAGCUAGAGACAUUGAGAGGAGAUGGGCCCAGAAAGGAGAUGGGGUCAUGGAAGCUACUGGGGAAGAGGCAAACAUAAAUGGAGAGAAUAUAAAGCUGAUGUCAGCAAUGUUAUGUGCAGCGUUGUAUCCCAAUGUGGUCCAGGUGAGAACACCAGAAGGAAAAUUUCAAAUGACAAGAUCGGGAGCUGUAAAAAUGCAUCCAAAAGCAGAGGAGUUGAAAUUUGUGACAAAGAAUGAUGGUUAUGUUCACAUCCACCCGUCCUCUAUAAACUACCAGAUGCGGAAUUUUGAUAGUCCAUAUUUAGUGUAUCAUGAAAAGGUCAAGACCAGCCGUGUAUUUGUGCGAGACUGCAGCAUGGUGUCUGUGUACCCCCUAGUUCUGUUUGGUGGUGGCCAAGUAAAUGUUGAGCUACGCAAAGGGGAUUUUCAAAUUUCCAUGGAUGACGGGUGGAUUCGCUUUGUAGCAGCCUCACAUCAGAUUGCGGAGCUGGUGAAAGAACUGCGCAGUGAACUAGACCAGCUUUUACAGGAUAAAAUUAAGAACCCUACAAUGGACCUGCGUACCUGCCCACGUGGCUCCCGAAUUAUUGCCAUGAUUGUCAAACUGGUGACCACACAGUGAUCUGAGAUCAUAUUGAAAGUUGUCCGUGUCCUUUUGCCUCUGCAGAUGGAUGCUUUAUCGGUUAUUUAUUGUAUGUGCAAAUAUGAAACGGUGGAAUGGCUGUAACAAGCUGAGGGAUCAUUUGACUUUUAGUGAAAAAUAAAU